UGCAUGUUUCCUCACCCUGCAGCUCCAGAGGACAGAUCAAUGUGAAUUCUUCCAUUCACCAACCAUUGCUGCACAGCACAGUUCCCCCUUAAGCCACCUUUUAAUGGCUCGAGCUGAGCUCAGCAUUGGGCUUCUGCUGUUUUUGACCUGUGGUUUGUCAAAUGCACAAGGCUGGAGGAAUUGGUUUUGGGGGGGUCCAGAGAAAACAACCAUCCCUCCCACAAAAGUUGCCAGUCCUAAGGAGCAGACAGAACAGACUGAGCGGAUGAUGCAGCAUCUUGCUACGCCUGAAUCUGCUACCACCUCGAGCAUCCUAGUUGAAAGUAGUACCCAGCAAAAGGGGAGAGUGUGGACUAUCUUUACCUUAAAGAGACCAGGCUUCACUGCUGCCACAACUGUUCCAACAGUUACAACAUCUUCCCAGCUGGAAAGCAGAGAAGGAGAUAUUGCAGGAGUAGGGGCUGAGAUAUUAAAUGUAGCUGAAGGAAUCAGGAAUUUGGUUCAACAUUGGGAUGAAAAAACUACUGAGGCGACAAAGACGACUGAGGCACCUGCAACCACUGACCUUUUGGAAGCAUCACCUACUGCUGUUACAGAGCCAGAGAGCAUCCUGAAUGUUACUGCCAACUCUACAGAUGAUACUCAAACCUUGCUGGAAACUGGGCAGCCAAAAGGGGUUCCCUUGGUGACUACAAAGCCCCCUCUUCUGUGGAACAAAACUCGCAUCCUCUUAAAGAAGCCUGACUUUCCACUCCCAGGUAGUUCUUCUUUCUCAUUUUCACCAGAUGAUUAUGCUACUGGCACCAUGUUGGCUUUUCAAGAACCUACACAUGCAGGGCAAGAAGGUACCACCUCCCCUGAAACAAGGGCAACCUGGGGAGCUUCCUCAGAAAAACAAGGAAUUUUGCCUGGUGCAAAUGUCUUGGAAUUGCAGGAGCCUCGGGCUAACAAUAGCAGUCAUGUACAUGGUGGAAUUCCAUCCAAGGUGGUGGGUGCUUUAGACAACUGGCUCUUACAUUAUGUUGCAGAUCGAAACCAAUCAGUCUCUAAGGGCAAUAAAACCCAUCUCCAGCUUAAAAACCACCCCUUCUUUAAGCAUUCUGGGAUAGUAGUAGCUGAUGCAAAUAAGAACCAUUCUAGUGAUUCUGUUUCUAAUUCAAAUGCAACUAAUGUUAUGGAUUUUUCUUCUGCCAAUAACUCUGACUCUCUUCAGUUUCUACUAACCUACACUGUGCAACAUUUUAGCAAUAGUAGUGCAGGGCUUCCUUCCUUCUUUCCUGGAUUGAUGCCAACGGCUGGCCACUGCUUGCCCUUACCAGCCAAGCUGUCAUAUUGCAACAACCUGGGCAUGAAGCAUUUCCGAGUGCCGAAUUACUUGCACCUUGGCAGUGAGGAGGAAAUUCAGGCUGCUUUGCAUGAGUGGGAGGGGCUUCUUAAAUCUCGGUGUCACCGCUAUUUGGAGUGGUUUUUCUGCUUGCUACUGGUACCUGGGUGUAAUGCUUCUCUUCCAGUAACACCUCCACCAUGUCGGGGAUUUUGUGAGGCCUUGAAAGAUCUAUGCUGGAUUCAUUUGAAAGAGGGGCAACUUCCGAUAUCAUGCGACUCACUUCCAGAGGAAGAUGGUGUAUAUUCAUGUGUAUUUGUUAAUGUUUCAGCAGAAAACCUCAGCACAGAAGUUGGUCUCAUAGAGCUGAUUGGGGAUCCCCCACCAGACCAGAUAACCAAAGUAUACGGCCCAGACAACAGCCCUGGCUAUGUCUUUGGACUGGAUGCCAACACAGGGCAGGUGGCACGUUAUCAUCUUCCUAGCCCUUUUUAUAGAGACUUCUCACUCUUAUUCCACGUGCAGCCCACAACAGAGAAACCAGGCGUGCUUUUUGCCAUCACAGAUUCCUCUCAGUCGAUCAUCUAUGUUGGUGUGAAGUUAUCGGAGGUGAAAGAUGGGAAGCAACAGAUCAUCUUCUAUUACACAGAACCCGGCUCUCAGAACUCCUAUGCUGCUGCCACGUUCACUGUGCCUUCACUGGUCAAUCAGUGGACACGAUUUGCCAUCAGUGUGGAGAAUGAGGAAGUCGUUCUCUAUGUGGACUGUGAAGAGUUUGAGCGGGUCCAUUUUGAGCGCUCGCCUGAUGAGAUGGAGCUGGAAGAUGGCUCAGGACUUUUUGUGGCACAAGCUGGAGGAGCAGAUCAUGAUAAAUACCAGGGUGUAAUUGCAGAACUGAAAGUGAAGGGAGAUCCUCGAGCAGCUGAGCUCCAUUGUGAGGAAGAUGAAGAUGAUUCUGAUAUGAUGUCUGGAGACGGUGGAAGUGGAAUUGAAGAAAAGCCACGAUUAUUAGAAAAGGAAAGGGUGCCCCCAGUUGUCUCAAAUCUACCAGUGCCGCCUCCUGUCACUUCUCCUCCCAUUGCCAAAAAGCCCACGCAGCUGGAAGAGACAAUCCAUUCGCACAUGGACCUUACAGAACCAAAAGAGAAACCGCCAUCUGCUGCAGGAGUGGGAGCCAAAGGUGAGAAAGGAGACUCUGGUGAAAAAGGUGAACGUGGCCCCAAAGGGGACUCUGGACUUGGUGGAGUUUUGUCAACAGGUGGUGCCAAAGGUGAAAAGGGAGAAAAAGGAGAGCUGGGUGUUAAGGGAAAUGCAGGUUUUGGAUAUCCAGGCUCAAAAGGACAGAAAGGCGAACCUGGUGCUCAAGGACCCCCUGGCCCUGCUGGUCCCUCAGGCCCUCCUGGGACCAUCGUGCAGCGCCCUGAUGGCUCUGUGGUAGAGCAAGUUGCUGGGCAACCAGGAGCCAUGGGCCCAACAGGACCACCUGGCAAGGAUGGCAUACCUGGAAAAGAUGGAGAACCUGGAGAUCCUGGAGAAGAUGGCAAACCAGGUGAUGUUGGUCCCCAAGGAUUCCCUGGGACCCCGGGUGAACCUGGCCAGAAAGGUGAAAAGGGUGAUUCGAUCAUUGGCGCAAGAGGUCCUCCUGGACCACCAGGACCACCUGGGCAGCCUGGAUUCGGUUCUAAAUUGGAUAAGUUGACAUUUAUAGAUAUGGAAGGCUCUGGCUUUGGAGGUGAUUUGGAAAAUGUACGAGGCCCUAGAGGACCACCUGGUCCACCAGGACCACCUGGGGUGCCUGGCUUGCCAGGACAGCCUGGACGAUUUGGGACAAAUGGGACAGACCUUCCAGGACCACCUGGGCUACCUGGAGUGCCAGGCAGAGAUGGUAGCCCAGGACUUCCAGGGCCUGCUGGCCCUCUUGGUCCUCCAGGAAGGGAUGGGAUAUCUGGACAGCCAGGAUUGAAAGGAGAAAAGGGUGAACCAGGUGAAUUAGGCCUCCCAGGAGCCCCGGGACCUAAGGGAAGUAAAGGGGAUGCAGGGCUACCAGGAGCACCUGGUGAAACUGGCUUGGCAGGUCUUCCUGGGCCAAUGGGUCCCCGUGGACAGCCUGGUCCCCCUGGCCUGCCUGGUCCAGGCUUUGUGGCUGGAUUUGAUGAUAUGGAAGGCUCAGGGCUGCCACUUGUUUCUCCUGUCCCUGGAGCACGUGGACCAGAAGGGCCACAGGGUCCACCAGGGCUUCCAGGACUCAAGGGAGAUGCUGGAAGUGUUGGUCUCCCAGGCAUUCCAGGAGAGAAGGGAGAACCUGGAUUGCCAGGACCAGAUGGGCGUCCUGGAUUAGAGGGUUUCCCAGGACCUCAGGGGGCAAAGGGUGACAGAGGGGAUCCAGGGACUAAAGGUGAACCAGGUCGAGAUGGAAUAGGACUUCCAGGUCCUCCUGGUCCUCCAGGACAAAUCACCUACCUGUCCAGUGAUGACAAAAACAUAGCUUCUUUGCCAGGCCCAGAGGGCAAGCAAGGGCAUGCUGGUUUCCCAGGGCCCGUGGGACCAAAAGGUGACAUAGGAUCCCCAGGCGUUCAAGGCUUUCCAGGACUGAAGGGUGAGAAGGGAGAACCAGGAGUUAUAAUUGGCCCUGAUGGAACAGUUAUAGCAGCUAAUGCAAAAGGAGAAAAGGGUGAAGCAGGCCCAAGAGGACCUGUGGGACCAGCAGGGCCACUUGGGAGGGCUGGACAGAAGGGAGACAUUGGCUUUCCUGGAAGACCUGGUCGCCCUGGUAUGAAUGGGUUGAAGGGAGAAAAAGGUGACCCAGCUGACUCCAGUGGAGGGCUGGGCUUAAGGGGUCCUCCAGGACUUCCUGGCCCCCCUGGUCCCCCAGGUCCUCCGGGCAGCAUAGUUCCUGUUUACGAGAACAAUGCCUUCAGUGAUGUGGGCCCUCCUGGACCUCCAGGACUGCCUGGCUACCAUGGUGCUCCAGGUCAGAAGGGAGAAAAAGGUGAUGAAGGCCCCCCAGGGCCCCCAGGCCAGUUUCCUUAUGACUUCACCAGAUACGGUUCCACAUUUAGGGGAGAAAGAGGAGACAAAGGAGAGUCUGGACUGAAAGGUGAAAAAGGAGAACCAGGUGGUGGAGGAUUAUUUGGAUCAAGUGCUGCUGGACCUCCAGGUCAUCCAGGAUAUCCUGGUCCUCCGGGUCCUAAAGGGGACAGUGUUAGGGGUCCUCCUGGCCCUCCAGGACCUCAAGGACCUCCUGGUGCAGGAUUUGAGGGACGCCCAGGGCCCCCUGGUCCUCCAGGCCCUCCAGGACCCCCUUCCUUUCCAGGACCCCAUAGGCAAGCUAUCAGUAUUCCUGGACCACCUGGGCCACCAGGACCACCAGGACCUCCAGGCACUAGUGAUGCAUCAUCUUCAUCUGGGCUACGGAUCUUGCCAACCUAUCAGAGCAUGAUGAGCAGAGCUCAUGAAGUGCCAGAAGGGCAACUCAUAUUCAUUCGGGAUAAAGAAGAGCUCUACAUCCGUGUUCACGGUGGUUUCAGGAGAGUCCUUCUUGAAGAAAGAAUAUCCCUCUCUGGUCCUGGGUUGGACAAUGAGGUGUAUGAUAGGCCUUCCAGUGUUCACUACUCACAUGGAGACACAGCAUCCUCUGGAUCUCAGCGCACAUUCCAGCAGCACUUGCCUGUUCAUUCACACCGAGAGUAUAGCGUUUACUCCACUGCCAAGCCUUGGAGAGGGGAUGAAAGCGCUGCCAACCAGCAUCGGCUUCCUGAGCAACCUGCCAUCCACCAGCCUCAUCAGGGUGUUCAGCACCAGCAAGAGCCACUGAAUGCCAUCUUCCUUAACAGUCGCCAGUCUGAGACUGCGUCUUCGGCCAUCCAUACUCACCAUGAUUUCCAACCUGCUCUCCAUCUUAUAGCUCUGAAUAGUCCCUUGAGUGGCAGCAUGCGAGGCAUCCGUGGAGCUGACUUCCAGUGUUUCCAGCAAGCCCGGGAGGUUGGAUUGACUGGUACAUUCCGAGCAUUCCUCUCCUCUCGACUGCAAGACCUCUACAGCAUAGUGCGUAGAGCUGACAGGAGCACAGUGCCUAUUGUCAAUCUUAGGGAUGAAGUGCUAUUCAAUACCUGGGAAAACCUCUUCUCAGGCUCUGAAGCUCUAUUCAGAACGGGGGCUCGAAUUCUUUCCUUUGAUGGAAGGGAUGUCCUGAGAGACCCUGUAUGGCCUCAGAAAUACAUAUGGCAUGGCUCUGAUUCUAAGGGACGCCGGCUAACAGAGAGCUACUGUGAGACAUGGCGGACAGAUGACACAGUGGUGACAGGCCAGGCUUCCUCGCUGGCAUCAGGCAAGCUACUGGAGCAGAAGAGCAGCAGCUGCAAGAAUGCCUUUAUUGUCCUCUGCAUUGAAAACAGCUUCAUGACUUCUUCCAAAAAAUAAAACUGCACACACACACACUCAAGAGGUGCUGACUGUAAGUGGAGGAUGGGAACCCCAAUGUUUCCUUUAAGGAAUGGGGAGUGAGCCAUGGUCCCCCCACCCCCAAUCAGGAUAAUAUGUCCAGCCAGCCCCACAAUAUUUCAAUCAAGCAGAUAAAAUGAGCAAAAAGCCAAAGAGUGUCUUCCUAUGAUUCCCAGCAUAGCUCUGGUGCUGAACAUUUAUGUAUUGUGUUUGUUUAUAUUUUUCUGCUGGCAUGGCUGCUGGGAAUACUAGUGCAUGGGCCUGCCAGAGUGGCAGGGGCAGAACAGGCUUAAGAAUGCAAGCAGUCACCAGGCAAGUGUGGUACAUGAAAUGGUCUCUCUCUCUCUCUCUUCUUUUUUUCUAAACUCUACUCAUGUACAACCCUUGGUUUUUUCCCCCUGGAUUCGCCUGUUUGCCUUCCUUUCCUUACUACCUUUCUAUGACUACUCCUUUGGAAAAGGAAAUUGAAGACCAAGUGGGAUAUGUCAGAAAUUCUAUUUAUUUGGAGUUGACAUAACACAAGAUGGUUUCUGCAGAGAGCUUGGUGCUAGUGUUAAUCUUUGGAGCCCCUUACUGUGACUGUAGCCUAUGGAAGUCUCUGCCUGAUAAGGGCCCUACAGCUGGGCACUCUUGGCAACCUUAGCCUUUAAAUUUUUAUAAGUAUGGUGCUCAAGAACAUAAAGUAGACCCUGCUGGAUACUGCCAUAGUCAAAACCUAUUGCUUUUCUGUUCAUGCCAAGCACACAUCAAGGACAAAACCUAAGGGUAGGGAUGGCAUCACCAGACAUGCAAUGGCUUAUCUCUCUGAGAGUAAUCACUAUAUACAGUGUGUUUACAGGAUAGCCUCCCCAACUCUCCACCUCUGCCUGACUCACUAGAUGGCUUAACUAUUUGCUCACAUAUUAUUCCAAAGCAGAUGAAAAUGACACUCUUCUUUAUAACCUGCUUACAAUUUCUGUUGCUGAAUAUUUGACAUCCUCUGCUGAAAUGACAUGCCCAGAGUAAGGAGAUAAUGUCCAGAAGUCUUGCUGUGCACAGUUCUCCCCCACUUGUCCUUCUCCCUGACUUUAUGUAGCUCUACAGGACUGCCAGAGGUAUUAAAUGUUACUGACUUGCAGGUGAUUUUCCCACGGUGUUUCCCUUAGGGAUCCAGGAGAGAUGUAGAUCUGAUGCCAAAUUGCUGUUAAAAGAAUCAUCACUCAUUUUUUUAAAAUUCCAUUAAUUUUUUUUCUUAUAUACUAUCCUUUUCAGAUAACAUAUCACACUUUACUAGGAAAUUUCACAGACAAUGAACAGGUAGAAUGCUGUGCCAAAACUACUCUCAACUUACAUGGUUUUUCUGUGACUCAGAGUGCACCUGCUGGCACGCUGUUCUUUAACCUAGCAAGAGAGACCAUGGCUGUUGUCAAGCCCCAUGCAUUACAUGUAUAAGGCCCUUCUGUCUUAAAAGAAUGAAAUAGCAGACACUGAGAAAGACCCCUGCCUGGGGAGAUGUUUGUCUGACUCUGUUGACAGAGCCAGAUCAACCCAGGGAAAGCUGCCUAAAAGCAGCUUGAUCUAUAGUGCUCCACCUGGGGCCCUCUCUCAAAUCCUUAUUGAAUGCCAGAUCUAAAAUCUGUUAGAAACUGCUCCCAAAUCAGUUAGAAAGUGCCUAGCCCUGACUCAGUUCAUAAUCAUCUCCCUGAUCCCGACCUACCCCCAGCACUGUGGCAGGACCCACUAAAUAAUAAGCCAUUCUUCAUAGCUGUACAUUUCAGCCAUUCUUCCAGAGUAUUAAAGCAAAAAAGGGACUGUACAUUGUGUUGGGAUUGAAGGUGAGGGAACAACUGGCAUGCAGACAAUUAACUACUGUCUUGUGUUGUACAGCACAAAAACUGGGAGAGUGGGGAUGUACUUUUUUUUAUUACAAAUCUUGGAUUACAAGUCUGGUAAAAGGAUUUUUGGAGUCCAAAGAGAAAUAAUAUUUCCAAGAUCUGAUACAGCACUGAUUCUUUGGAUGCACAGAAUCACAAGUAGGCAGGUUCAUGGCCCAGCAUUCUUUAAAGCCAUUUUCAGGCCCAAGCACUCAGAGACCUUCCAUGUUCAUAGGCUUCACUGUGACUGCGAUCUUGACAGCUACACAGCAAAGCCCAUCCACCACUUCAGUGCCAGAAGCCUAGGUAAGGCUGAUGCUUUUUGCCUGCCAGUUCUGUUUUAAACACUAACAUGCAAAGCAUGCAAAGUUUUCAGAAACCAAGGUGCUAAAUGUCUACUUAGCUUUGUUGUUUUAAAUAUUGUAAUGAAAUUUUAUUACUGGGGGGAGGAGGGAAAGAAUCUGUGCAAGUCACACAGUCAGUUUCUUACUGUCUACUGUAUUUUGUGAAAUUUCAAUGCAGUUUGUUAGAGCCUGUGGAACUCUUAUAUCUUUUGUCAGUUGUGUGUUGUGUUCUAUAAACUGUUUUCUAAAGGCACUGAAUAAAGGAAAGUAUCCUCUUUUAAA